ACUUAAAGCGGACGUUUGAUGAGAAGAUAAAGAGUUACUGGUCAACAAAAGUAUAAGCGACCGUUAACUGAUACCUGGUGAAGAUGAAGUUGCUGACUUGUGUCGGGUUCCUGGCUUGCGCAAUGCUGGUCUCUGCCGAUGAAGAGGAAAUGGCUCUGAAAUAUCUGAACCAGUACAACUACAUCUCCAACAGCCGCUCGGGGAAUCAGGAUGUUGAAACCGCAAUCAAGAACUUUCAGCGGUUUGCUGGUCUAGAGGUGACUGGAGAGUUGGACGACGCCACUAUCGCACAGAUGAAGAUGCCUCGAUGCGGAGAUGCUGACGUGGACGAUAAUGGAGACCGAGUACGAAGGUACAAGCUUGGUAGCAAGUGGAAUAAGAAUGCUCUGAAGUACCAUCUGUCUUAUGGCAAGGAUCUUCCCAACUCUGUACAGGACCGUGUGUUCGAAAAGGCUCUUAAAUUCUGGUCUGAUGGGUCCGCACUAAGCUUCUCUCGAGUGAGCGAUGUGAGCAAGGCAGAUCUUAAGAUAAGCUUUGGAUCUAGGUCACACAAUGGGCCCGGUGAGUCCAGGUGCGGCUCUCCGUUUGACGGGCCCGGUAGAGUACUCGCGCAUGCGUACUUCCCCUCUAAUGGAAGAUGUCACUUUGACGAGGACGAGAGGUACACUGAUGGGGCCUCCUCGGGCAUCAACCUCUUGUGGGUAGCCACUCACGAGUUUGGCCACGCCCUCGGUUUACACCACAGCGACGUGAGAAAUGCUGUCAUGUACCCAUACUAUACCGGGUAUAAGCCAGGCUUUGGGCUACAGGAAGACGACAUUAAAGGCAUUCAGGCGCACUACGGUAAGAACGGUAGCGGCGGUUCAUGCGAAGAUGACUCUCAGUGGGCCAAUCACUGCAAAAAUUAUUGGACAAAAUACUGUAGUUAUAACAAAUUCGUACAGGAGAACUGCAAAAAGACAUGCAACAAGUGCUAGGAUAGUAAAGGUGAGGAAGGGCAUCU